AUGGCUCUGAAUAACCCCAACCCACAGGGAUCAUGGAAGAUCACCGUUUAUGACCAGGAGAACUUCCAGGGAAAGCACCAGGAGUUUACCUCCUCCUGCCAGAACAUCAUGGAGUCUGGCGCCGACAACAUCCGCUCCCUGAAGGUGGAGUCCGGAGCCUGGGCAGGAUACGAGCACUCCAGCUUCUGCGGACAGCAGUUUGUGCUGGAGAGGGGAGAGUACCCGAACUGGGAGUCGUGGAGUGGCAGCAAUGCCUAUCACACCGAGAGGAUGAUGUCCUUCCGCCCCAUCUGCUCUGCUAACCACAAAGAGUCCAAGAUGGUGGUGUUUGAGAAAGAGAACUUUACGGGACGCCAGUGGGAGAUCAAUGAUGACUACCCAUCGCUGCAGGCUAUGGGCUGGGGAACCAAUGAGAUCGGAUCCAUGCAAGUCAAGAGUGGCGCCUGGGUGUGCUACCAGUUCCCCGGUUACCGUGGUUACCAGUACAUUCUGGAGUGCGAUCGCCAUGGCGGCGAGUACAAACAUUACAGGGAAUGGGGCUCCCAUGCUCAAUCGUUCCAGGUGCAGUCGGUGCGUCGCAUCCAGCAAUGAGACCGCACGUCUCCUCGACCCAAAAGCUCCACGCAUUCCUCCUCUCCCGAUCUCCUCCAUUAUCAUUCCAGCAUUCCCUGGUGCUUUGUCCCCAAAAUGUCUGCCGCAU